CUUGCGCUGCCUGGCUCCCUCUAUGGAGGGCGUGGACCCGGGGGACUUGACCCUACUCUUCAUGGCUCGGGAGCGGAGAGAUUUGUCUCCCUUGGGACUCAGCAGGAGACGCAACUGAGGAGUCUGGAUUGGCCGGGCUUAAAGAGUUUCAAUGUUCUGACUUGCUCUAAGAUGAAGGUAUGGAAGUUUGCAGCCAUUGCCUCGAUGCUCCUCAGUUCCAUGUUGUCCAUUUUAGUUUGUAGAGACAUGCUCAACGGAAGCCGGAAAUACAGCCCCUUCCCUUCCUCGCCGUCAAGGUCAGCCUCCUCUUCUGCCUUGCCUGUAGGCCAGCGGAGAUCCCCACGAGCCCUGGAGCACCGUGACCCACUGAUCUCUCAAUACAGUACCUUGUUUGAAAGCUACACAGAGGGGGAAAUCCGACAGCUGAUCUCCACGCUGGUUGAGAGGUACAGCCAGUCCAUGAACUCCGGGGGGCAUGAGCUGCCGCUCUUCCCCAAGCCUGGGAACCGCAUGAAGCGAGCCCGGGCCCGUCACAAACCCUGUGCCCUGAAGGAGCUGGAAGUGAGCGUCAGCGAGCUGGGCCUGGGCUAUGAGUCAGAUGAGACCGUGCUGUUCCGCUACUGCAGCGGCACGUGUGAGACGGCCAUCAGGAACUACGACCUCUCCCUGAAGAACAUGAGGCUCAAGAAGAAGAUCAAAAAGGAGAAGGUCAGAGCCCGGCCUUGCUGCAGGCCUCUCGCGUAUGACGACGAUGUCUCCUUCCUGGACACUUACAACCGCUACUACACCGUCAACGAGCUGUCGGCCAAGGAAUGUGGCUGCGUGUGAAGCGGGGAAAGGGAACCUGGGAAGGUUGAUGUCUGUAAGGCAGCGCCCCAAAAGCCAAGAGCGUGAGGGCCUAAAGGAAUAUUGCUGCGCUCCGAGAGUGAAAGGAACUAAGAGGGGACCCAGGCUCAGAGAGUCAAGAAGGCAACUGUUUCCAAGUCUACCUCAGUUCUGUGGUUGGACUCUAGGGGCAAAAGGGAAACUCUUGAUGCCGGGUUGUGCUUUGAGAGAAAUCGAGGAGCCUUUCGACACUUCGACAAGUGCCUCCGCGCUCCCCCCACCCUGAGCGUUGGGAUGCUCUAAAAAGGAGGAGCUGGGGAAUGGAGAAGAAGGAGGAAACACCUGCUGAUUUCCUCUAGGAUGCCGGCAUUCGUCACGCCAGCCUGGCAUCCACGUGUGCUUUUAUUUUAUUGCUUGCACAAAGGGAUUUAGCAGGAAAGCUUUGCCGGCCAAGUAUUUCAAAUCCAAAAGGUGCCACUCGUCCUUGUCUUUGGAUGCAAUUGGAUGACCAGCUCCGGAACUGUGAUCCAGCUGGAAAGGAGGAGUCAGAUUGGCAUCCACAUUCCUAGUCCUAUGAAAACUGAGGCCUCUCCUCAGAGGCUCCCCUCCGAGACGGAUUGCGGCCUAAAGAGAAUUGCACCGGGGCACCGAGUUCAUGUGGAUGGAACCUUUUUGGGUGUGGAUAAAUGACUGAAUGGUCAAGAAAUAUUCUUUUAUAUCCUAAGAUCAUAUCUUACCCUUAUUUUAUUGUAGACAUGCAGUAUAUUCAUGUUCUGUAAAUAUACAAGAAUAUAUAGAGAGAUAUAGAUAUAGAUAUUGGUGGCAAUCGCAGACAUACAGAAUAGUAUCAUUCCUUCACAGCUGUUACACCAACAUUCUAGUGAGGUCAAGGAACAAUUAUUGGAUGCUUCCCUCCCCCCACCCCAGCCAUUCUAUUGACUUGGGCCAGGAGAGUGAUCUUAACAUACCUAUCCGGUUGGUGGGUUUAACCAGAGAGAGGGCAAGGAAGAGGAUUGGCAUGGGGCAUGGGGGUGAUGAGAAUUUCAAAGCUGCCUUAAUUUUAAUGGGAACUGGGUGUUCUGAUCUCCUAGGCAGCCUUGAAAAUCUCCAUGUUCUGCAUCAGUCAUAUUGACAUUCAGGUAGUCAGGAAAUGUCAUCGUUGAGAAGGAAUUUCCCAUAUUUCUACUGCUUUGAACACCUCCUUUGCUUUCCAUCUGGCAGGCCUUCUGUCCUGCUAAAAUAAACCAUCAUGCUGCUCCUUGGACUAGCUUUGCAGGGAUACUGCUGUAAUAGAGUUACUGGUGUCUAUGCUCCAGCAGGGUCUACACACUUCAUUAGACACGGAGGGCAGGUCUACGCUACAAACUUGCAGCUGCGCUGCUGUCACGCUUCCAGUGAAGAUGAUCUAAGCUAACGGCAGAGAGUUCUCCCGUCAGCUUAAUAAUUCCACGUCCGCGAGAGGUGGUAGCGAUGUCUGGCUCCACGGGGGGUUGUCAGU